CAUAUUUCGUAUUCCUUUCCCGAUUCGGCCAUGGGUACGACAUUGUAUAUCUUCGACUAUAGACAAUAGUUGUUGGAAACUAUUUUAAACUCUCACUUCCCACUUUUAUUCCUUUCAUACUCAUUCAGAACAUUCAUAAUGGAAUUCACACUCUACUACUACAGCCCCUCCAGUGCCGCUGCUGGCAUCUUUGUCGGCCUGUUUGGCAUCAGCACCAUACUGCAUUUCUACCAGUUCAUUCGAACCAGAACAUGGUUUAUGAUUCCAUUCUGCAUCGGAGGCAUCCUUGAAACAAUUGGAUAUGUCGGCCGUCUUCUAUCCUCUAUUGAAACACCCAACUGGACCACUGGCCCUUAUGCCAUGCAAAGUUCCUUGAUCCUCAUUGCCCCCGCUUUCAUAGCUGCCAGUAUCUAUAUGGAACUGGGGAGAAUCAUCUACCUGCUUGAUGCGCAAAAGAGUUCCAUCAUCAGACUUACCUGGCUAACCAAGAUCUUUGUGGCUGGCGAUGUUAUUUCCUUUUUGAUGCAGGCAUCAGGAGCCGGCCUCAUGAUCCAAGACACCUCCAACCCCUCCACCGGCGAACACAUCAUCAUCGGCGGCCUCUUCGUCCAAAUCAUCUUCUUCGGCUUCUUCCUCAUAACCGCCGUGAUCUUCGAAAUCCGCCUCGCAAAUUACAAAACCCCCAAGUCAAUCGACCUCGCACACAUCUGGCAUCGACACAUGCGCGCCCUCUACAUGAGCAGCAUCCUCGUCCUCAUCCGCUCCGUCGUGCGUGUGGUCGAGUACCUCCGGGGCUAUGAUGGGUAUUUGAUGAAGAAUGAAGUAUUUAUAUAUGUGUUUGAUGCUCUGUUGAUGUUUUUGGCGAUGGUGGUGCUGCAUGUUACGCAUCCGAGUGAGAUUAAUGCGUUGUUGGGGAGGGGGGUGUGGUUUUUUGAGAGGGAUAUCCCAUUUUGUUGA